AUCUAUUUAUAUAAAAAGCGUUCCCGAGAGGUUCCAAUUUUUGCAAUUGACAAUAAAAUGUGGCGCGAACAGGUCUACAGUGGCACGCUCAGGCCUAGGCAGGAGAACGAAAUAACUGGAACGUAUUUGGAUAGGCUUUUGAGCCACAUGAACAAUACGCGUGGCUUCAGCUCCGAGCAUUCCACUUGCGUUUCGGAUCUACACUCCAUAAACAAAAUCGACAUCGGACUUUACCUAGGUGACAAAUACGCGGCUAAGGAUAAACGAUUUCUGGUGAAGAACGGUAUAACGCACGUUUUGAACUGCGCGGAAGGUUCCGACGAGUACCAGGUGAACACGAGCGAGGCGUACUAUCGAGACGCGAAGAUUCACUACUUCGGAAUACCGGGACACGAUAGGCCGUCUUGGAAUAUUUCGGUUUAUUUCGAAAGCGCAGCCAGAUUCAUCGACGCCGCCAUCCGAGGCGGUGGUAGGGUGCUCAUCCAUUGCGUAGUGGGGAUCUCCAGAUCCGCAACAAUCGUCAUUGCGUAUCUGAUGAUCUGUCGCGGUAUGAGCGCCGCCGAGGCUCUACAGUUCGUCUUCAGGAGAAGGCGGGUUUUUCCGAACGAAGGAUUUCUGCACCACAUAGCGCAGCUGGACAAGGUUUUAUCUAAACGCAAACUCUUCGGUCCACGUUAUUAUUAAAUAAUCUUGCACAUAUCAUAAUAAUAAUAUUUAUUUUUGGACACUAUUUUUACAUACAGAAGAGGAAAACUUAAAAUAGUUUAUUAAAAAAAAAAAAUAAUAAUAAGCACG